AUGGGCCGUACCCCGACCCCCUGGGAUCACGACCUGAUGGCAAACAGGGCUCUGGCUGUAGGAGCCGGCAACUUCUGCACUACACCAGCCACUCACAUAAGUGAAUACCAGUCCCACCUCCAGUCUGUGGCAGUCGCCCCCUCCCUCUUCAGAUGGCACCACAGGCUCUCGUCUCUUCUCCCCAUCCGUGGUCUCACAGCUGAAGAAAAGCCUCCAGAAAACCAGCCGAUUGAAGAGAUUUUUGCAGUGUGCGCAUUUGCAACCUGUGGAGGCUACUAUGGGCAACUCCAGGUUAAGGUGGACUGUGCACAGCAAAGGCAGAGCAACCACACCAUCAAUAUUGACUUUGGAUACCCGUUCAGACUGCAGCAGGUGCAUUUCAGAGCCCCGCUGUGUGAAGCCAAGAGACACGAGGUCUACUUCCUGGAUGGGGACAUGUCUCUGUCGGCACAGUUCUUUGUGAUGGUGGGGGUGUUGGCGUUUCUCUACUCGCUCCUGGCAACAGUGGUCUACGUCUUCUAUCAGAACUCAUACCUGAGGAACAACCGUGGCCCCCUUGUGGAUUUUGUGGUGACAGUGGUUUUCUCCUCUCUGUGGCUGAUGAGCUCCUGCUGUUGGGCUAAAGCGCUGUCCAACAUUAAACACGCCACAAAUCCAACACAGAUGCUGUUGCUGAUCUCAGCCUGCAGAGCUCCUGAAAACAAGUGCACCAUCACACAAGAGUCACAUUGGGCGCGCCUCAACACCUCUGUGGUCUUCGGUUUCGUAAACCUCGUCCUGUGGGCUGGAAACAUUUGGUUUGUGUUUAAGGAGACCGGUUGGUACAAGAGCGGUCAGAGAUACCCAACCAGAAGCGCUUCUGGAAAACGCACCAGUGAGAUGCGACAGAGGCUGUACAGCGAGAGCAGCUUCGAUCAGCCGGACGACUUUGGCCCACAGCCCUUCAGACAGAACAGUGUCUCCCAGAGAGAGCUGCAGAUGCAGCCCCAUGUCCAGCCGCGUUCAGCCUUCGUCCUGCCACAGAUACAUGUGAGCAAACCUGCCGCUCCCCAGAGAGAGGCCAGCCUCAGGACCAAGGGGCCAGUCAUCUUUGUCGACGAGGUGUGA